AUGCAAUAAUCAGCAAAUACUAGGUAGAUACUAGAUUUAGAUUUCUAAAAAGAACUUUAUUAAGAAGACUUGAAGAAACUAGUGUCGAAUAUAUAAGAUAAGCAAAAGUCAUAUAAUGACAUAAGAAUUUAGUAAAAUGAACUGGUACAAAAAAUCAUAAGAAUAUGCUAUUAAAAAUUUGAGGAUGAUAUUAUUAAGAAGCGAAUUGAAUUACAAGAAUUAAAAUAAAAGUCUGAGGAGCAAAAAGCCAUAUAGGAUGAGGAGUAUAGCAAUUUAGAAUUGGAACUUAAAAACAAAAUAGUUAAUGUAUUCAUACGCUUUCAAAAAUAUUAUGAAAAAAUAACAUAAGAAAAAAGUAAAUUAGAAGAGUAUAUUGUGGGAAAUUUAAAUGAUAGUGAAUAUACUCUAAUUUUGCAAAGUGUUCAUUAAUCAUUAUCUGAUUUUGAGUUGGCCAAAGAGAAUGAAUGUAUUAAUUAAUAAACAUUUUUAUCUUUAAAAUCUCCAAAUGUUCACACUAAAUAGCAUUAAAAAAUGUCUCACUUAAAUUCAUAUGUAAACACACUUAUUACCAAAAUUGAAAAUGCAGAUUAAUAAGUGUUAAAUAUUAAAUCUGAAAAAACAUAGGUCUAAAUUAUUAUAUCAUAAAAACUCACCUCCCUUAAACAAUACAUUAGAUAACUAUAAUAGUUUAAUAACGAUAGUGUACAAGAAGUAUUUGAACUCUAAUCAGAUUUCCUGACAAAUCAUAGAAACCUUAAAAUCAAUAGAUAAAAUAUCUAGAACUCCUUUGCUAAAGACGAAGAAUUAAUAUGUGCAGAAAUAAUUUAAUUAGAAUAACAAAAAAGCGAUAUGGAUAAAGGUUAUAAAUCUUAUACACAAGUCAUAUUAUAAGGAAACAAUUAAAGAAAAGAUUUUGAGGAAAAUGUAUUUAGAUUAAUUUCAUUAUCUAAUUCAUUAAUCUAAUCACUAAAUAAUAGUAUUGAAUAAUUUAGAUCAUAAUUGGAAGCAUUCUCUUUAACUCCAGAUACAAAAACACCAUCCACCACUUCAAACAAAAAACAUAAUAUUUUGAAUCCUUACAAAAAAAAUAUAAACGACAAAAUUUAGACAGAACCUUCAACUUACAACUUAUAAAAAUCUAUGUACUUCAGAAGAAAACCUUAAGUUGAAAAAUUAGGAUCAAUUAAAACAGAUGAGAAUAACGUUACAUCAUUCUAAUCAGUUUUCAAAUAGACUUCUCAAUCCCCCAACUUCAGAAAUUAAAUUUUGCCUGAGAAGUAAACUGCUUUGCCUCUAAAAUGUACAUGUCCUCCUGAGUGUUAAUGCUAAUAAUAUAUAUAAGAAUAGAUGCACUCUUGCAAUAAUUAAUUGUAUAUCAAUUAGAAAGGAAUCCUAUUAUGUUAGGUUUGUUAAAUAUCUUUUUCAAUAAAUGAACAUUACUUUUACUGCUAAUUUAAUAAGACUAAAAAUAAAUUCAAGUAGUUCCAAGAUUUUAUCCAUAGUUUUUGGAAAUACAUAAUAAGUUUGACAUUAAACUAAUAAAUUGUUGAUUUUUGGAUUGGCCUAAUAAUUAAUUGUAAAUAAUAAUGGUAAAGUGGAUCUCCUAGAUUGCCUUCAAUAAAAUAAGACGAAAUCAUUAUUAAUUUCUUAUCAGGUUGUCCAAAUCAAAGUAAUUGCAAUCAUAAAAACAUUCUUCCUCAAAUACAUUCUACUUGUAACACUCCAUUGUAAUUAUCCAAUUAUGGUGAGGUCAUUUGUAAAAGGUGUCAAUACUCAAUAUUUAUUUAAUAUCAUUUAAUUUAAUGUCCUGAAAAUAAUUAGUUUUAUGCUUUUUGGAGCGUUGAAGAAAUCAUAUUAUCAAUUGAUCCGUAUAUAAAAUAAUUAAUGAGAUAAGAAAAAAAUGAUUGUAAUUAAUUUUUAUAAUCAUUGAUUAUUAAUUUGAAUAAAAAAUGGAAAUGA